AUGGCGGACAACAAGCCGAGCUACUCACUCGUGCCCGGCGAUGGCGGUCGCGCGUCGGGAUUGAUCAGACGGAGAACCGCCGAGGAGAGCGGCUGCGGCUUCCUCGACUUGUCGCUGGGCUCCAUCUACAGCAGCCCGUCGUCCCUGGCCGACGACGACGCCUUCUCGCCGGUGGAUGCCUCGGGCGCUGUGUCGUCUGUCGUCACCGCUGCCACGGCGGCCUACGCGCCGCCUGUGCCUGCUAGUCGCGCUUCGGCGUUCGCGCUGGGACUUGCUGACUCGGCGGUGCCCGGCGACGGCAAUGGCGGCGGCCAUGCCUUUGUCCUUGCUGCCAAUGCCCUGGCGGCGGCGAAUCAGGAUCAGGUGGCGCCGGCGCCGUCUGUGCUGCCACCGCUGUUUGCCAGCCCCGUUCCUGUGCCAGUCCAUGGCAAUAGCAACGCUUCUGCGACGGUGCCGGCGGCCAGUGACAGUGGCGCGACGCGGGCACCUCGAUCCAAAGGAGCUGUGGCGUUGUUGGGUGUAUCUCCCCCCUCGUCCGUGCCACCGCCUCCCAACAGAAAGGCCCCGCGUGGGCGGCGCGGGAACGCCACCGGCCGCCGUCGCCGCAGCGGUGCAGCCGGUGAUGAUGCAGAUGCAGCUGACGCCGCACUGACCAACGGUGGCGAGAGCGCGCCGCCGUUUCCGUGGGCGACCAACACCGCGGGCGCACACCCGACGCUCGCCGAGCUCAUCGAGCGAGGGAUCGCCUCCGUGGAGGGCGAGGUCCGCUGCAAGCGCUGUGACGCCGGCAAGAGCAUCUCGUACGAGAUUAAGGCCAAGUUUGAGGAGCUGUCCGGCUUCAUCGUCCGCAACGUGGAGGCCAUGCAUGACCGCGCGCCGCCGGAGUGGAUGUACCCGGCGCUGCCGGACUGCGACAAGUGCGGGGAGAAGAACAGCCUCCGUCCCGUGAUCGCCGCCAAGAAAUGGAGGAUAAACUGGAUGUUCCUGCUGCUAAGCCAGACGUUGGGGCUUUGCACCCUUGAGCAGCUGAAGCACUUCUGUGCCCGCACCAGGCAGCAUCGCACUGGUGCCAAGGACAGAGUCCUCUACUCCACCUACAUGGAACUCUGCAACCAGCUGCGCCCCGGUGGCCCGUUCGACAUGGCGUCCGAGAGGAAGAACAGGACUCGUCCAUUUGCUUAA